GCCAUCAGCUUCGUUGGGGUAGCUCGUUUUCUCUCUCCUCUCUCCACUCCUCUCUUUCACCCUUCAAAAAAGUGCUAAAAAAGUGACCACCCCCGCCGAAACAACCCCUCGCCUAGAGCUUACGGAAAAAAGUAUUAGAACAAAACGAGGAGCAGAAGAGAGGAUAGAUUGAGGAAAGGAGGGAAAUAAGUAUAGAAUAAGGGAUUUUGAGAGAAAGCACCUCGGCUGGUUCGAGGAGUCAUCAAUAUUUUAAAGUUUUUGGGGAUUGUCUCACUUAAACUUUAAAGGAGGAAGAGGACCAAGAAGAGGAAGAAAAGAAUAAAGAAAAUAAAGCAAUGUUGAAAAGGAUAUUUUGAGGAAAAAUUGGAUAACUAAUUAAAGAAGACAGAUAACAGAGGUGAAAAGUAAAUCUUUAAGUGAAGGAUAAAAAAGUGCAAAUCGGAUUUAAGGAUCAGUGUUUCUGAAAAUUCUGAAAACUAACAUAAGUGAUAAUUUUUUUAAAAAGUGACUUAAUAUGGCAUUUUUUGGUGAUAUUUUGGAUAUGGCUCAUCAUCAGGCAGUGGUUGUGAGUUUGCGGAUGAACAUUGCGUGAAAAUAGGUUUCGAAAGUGGGAAUCGUCUGGUGAGAAUUCACUGGAGGGGGGAUUUGAGGACGGGAGUGAUAGAGGUGAACGGGAAAUAUAAUCGAAAAGUGACGGAAUUUAAGAAAUUUGGGGGUCGUUUUAUCGACGUUAAAAGAAAAACGGUCAAAAUUGCUCGAAAACCAGCGUGCGACGUACGCAGGGCCGAAAGAGCUGCCGAAAUAGGGGGUCCAAGCGUGAUGCAGAGACCGGGCACUGGCGGAGGGCCCGGGCCACUAGUCCUUCAGGGCCCUCCGAGGUCCCUGAAGAUUUCACCUGUUAAUCUCAAAGAUGAACCUAACGAUCCUCUCACGCAAAAAAGCAGAAGUUCGCUUUGUGUUGGUUGCGGGGGUCGCAUUCACGAUCAAUGGAUCUUGAGGGUGGCGCCCGAUCUCGAAUGGCAUGCUGCGUGUCUAAAGUGCGCAGAAUGUCAACAGUUUUUGGAUGAAAGCUGUACCUGUUUCGUUCGCGAUGGCAAAACUUAUUGCAAACGCGACUAUGUUAGGUUAUUUGGUACCAAGUGCGAUAAGUGCAGUCAGUCCUUCAGUAAAAACGACUUUGUGAUGAGGGCGAAAAGCAAAAUCUACCACAUCGAUUGUUUUCGAUGUUCAGCUUGUAUGAGACAACUUGUCCCUGGAGAUGAGUUUGCUUUGCGACAUGAUGGACUUUUCUGCAGGCACGACCACGAUGUCUUAGAAGGAGAAAAACUCUGUUCUGGACCCGGAGGUGUGCCCGGAAAUGAAAAUAACAAUAACGCUACUCUAACCAACAACAAUCAUCACCUACAUCCGAAUGAUGGAUCCAUGUCUGAUUCUGAAUCAGAGAGUGGUUCUCACAAGGCAGUGGGGAGUGCUCGAGGAUCAGGGGGGCACAAAGGAGGUGGUGGUUCCGAUGGAAAACCAACAAGGGUGAGAACUGUACUCAACGAGAAGCAACUGAACACCCUGAGAAAUUGUUACAAUCAGAAUCCGAGACCUGAUGCUCUCAUGAAGGAACAGUUAGUGGAAAUGACUGGACUUAGUCCUCGCGUUAUUAGAGUAUGGUUCCAGAACAAGCGGUGCAAAGAUAAAAAGAAGACGAUAGCCAUGAAGCAACAGAUGCAACAGGAGAAGUAUUUUCCGUUGCAGGACGGGCGAAAAUUGGGUUUCGGUGGAAUGCACGGGAUUCCCAUGGUGGCCAGUAGUCCUGUACGACAUGAAAGUCCCAUUGGAAUGACACCCUUGGAAGUGCAGGCCUAUCAACCACCAUGGAAAGCACUCUCGGACUUUGCCCUACAUACGGACUUGGAGAGAUUAGAUCCAAAUGCUCCAUCGUUUCAUCACUUAGUUUCCCAAAUGCAUGGUUACGAUCUGCAUGGAGGACCACCGCCUCAAUUACCUCCACCAGGAAUGCUUGGCGGGCCCAUGAACGACGGGAUAGGCGGGGGUGGGCCCCUGCCUCACCCUGGACCUCAUCAUCCCGGAGGAGGGCCAGAUAUGGGACAGCAUCCCGACAGUACAGAUAGUUAUGUAACUUAUCUCGAAAGUGACAGUGAUUCCCUGCACCAUGAUACAGGAAGUCCAUAGUGCCGUCCCCUAAACCUACAAUGUACAUAUAACAAACCCCCUUUGACGACGUCGACUGCGUUCAUCAUGUAAUGAGGAUCAGUCCAUCGACAAAUUAAGAGCAGAGCUUAAAACAUUUCCUACGAUACCGAUAAAUACUGAAAUUAAGUUAAUUUCAUUUUUACAACUGACAACCUUAAUUUAAAUAUCAAAUGUUUCAUCUACAAUCAUCAAUUAUCCACAUUUCUCACAAAAUAGCAAUGCUCUUCUCCGUUUCUAAAACGGAAACAUUUAUUAAAUUGAUAUUUAGAUUCUAAGAUAUUUAAAACCAAAUUUGUUUUAUAUGUAUACAAAUGAAAAUUCGGGAUCGUAGAGAAUAAAACUGAAGUUUUUAACUUUUGUACAUUUAAAUAUUGAAUCUAAAGGCAGGACAAAAGGCUUCUUGUAUCAAGUGUACAUAUAGUAUGAGAUAGAUCGUUGUACAUUUUAGAGGAAAGAGAAAUCCACAGAUCGUAAUAUACUCAGGCCCAAGAAAUUAAAUGAUAAUAUAAUAUAAAUAGAAAAUGACGUAAAAUUCCACUAACAUUUUAAUUGAUAAAUUGUAAGUAUUUUAGUAUUCACGAUGUUGUAAGUCGUAACGUUUCGAAGUUGUAACGAGUCAUAAGUAUGUAUGUACUUACUGAGCAUUUGUUGUGUCUCGUAUGUGCAUUACACAUUCAAUCAAUACCAAAGCGUGCGAUUUGCAAUAACGAACGCACUUCUUUGUACAUAAUUAUUCACACCUUGAUUCGUAUCACUAGAACAAAAGUGUAAAAUUAUUGAAUUAUAUUCCGUUUUUCUUCAUAAA